AUGCCUGGUCAAGAAGUAGUGACAACCAAAGUGGUUGUUCAUCCUCUUGUAUUGCUGAGUGUCGUAGAUCAUUUCAAUCGAAUGGGCAAAAUAGGCAACCAAAAGCGGGUAGUCGGAGUGCUUUUAGGCUGUUGGAGAGCUAAGGGUGUUCUAGACGUUUCAAACAGUUUUGCAGUACCCUUCGAUGAAGAUGAUAAAGAUAAAUCAGUUUGGUUCCUGGACCAUGACUACUUGGAAAAUAUGUAUGGCAUGUUCAAAAAGGUUAAUGCUAGGGAAAAAGUAGUGGGCUGGUACCAUACAGGGCCCAAACUUCAUCAAAAUGAUGUAGCUAUUAAUGAAUUAAUUAGACGUUAUUGCCCAAAUUCAGUUCUUGUCAUUAUUGAUGCAAAGCCUAAAGAUUUGGGCUUACCUACUGAAGCUUAUCGAGCUGUAGAAGAAGUUCAUGAUGAUGGCAGUCCAACUACAAGAACAUUUGAACAUGUUCCUAGUGAAAUUGGAGCAGAAGAAGCUGAGGAAGUGGGUGUAGAACAUCUUUUGAGGGAUAUCAAAGACACAACAGUGGGAAGUCUUUCACAACGCAUAACAAAUCAAUUACUUGGACUUAGAGGUCUUCACUCACAGUUAAGUGAAAUUAGAGAUUACCUUGUUCAAGUUGGCCAAGGCUCUUUACCUAUGAACCACCAAAUCAUAUACCAGUUACAGGACAUAUUUAACCUUCUGCCAGAUAUUACUAGUGACAAUUUUAUUGAUAACCUUUAUAUAAAGACAAACGAUCAGUCUCUUGUAGUAUACUUAGCAGCUUUAGUGAGAUCAAUCAUUGCACUACACAAUCUGAUAAACAACAAAAUUACAAACAGGGAUGCUGAAGAGGGAAAGAAAGAUGAAAACAAGGAUAAGAAAGAGAAAAAAGAUGAGAAAGAUGAAAAGAAAUCAGAUGACAAAACAAAGGAGAAAAAAGAUAAAGAUGAGAAAAAGAAG